AGUCUCGUAGAGUUCCAUUCGAAUACCUUUUUCCCUUUUCAUACAUUCAUUCAUUCAAAGUUCCAAUUUUCAAACCAAGGCGCACGGCACCCCUUUCGUUUGCGAUGAAGAGAGAAAGAGAGGUUGAUAGUCUAACCAUGGCGAAUUGUCUGAUGUUGCUUUCUCGCGGAGGUGAAUUCGAGGCGACAUACUCAAGCUCUUCCAUGAGCAACCGUGUGUUCGAGUGCAAGACAUGCAAUAGGCAGUUUCCUUCGUUUCAAGCACUUGGUGGGCACAGGGCGAGUCACAAGAAACCUAGGUUGAUGCCAGGAGAUAACAGCGAAGGCCAAUUGCUUCAUGAUUCACCGCCAAAGCCUAAGACUCACGAGUGCUCGAUUUGUGGAUUGGAGUUUGCUAUAGGCCAAGCUUUGGGAGGUCACAUGAGGAGACACAGAGCUGUAAAUUUGAACGGAAACCUGCAUAAUUCCACCACUGUCAGCAGUAGCAGUGGUGGUAGCAGCAGCAUCGAUUCUUCAACCAAGAACAAAGUUCCCCACAAGAGAGUUUUGGUUUUGGAUUUGAAUUUGACACCCUUUGAGAAUGAUUUGGAGAUUUUGAAGAUAGGAAAACCGACUGCUUUGGUUGAUUAUUUGUAUUAGUUCAUCUGUUAAUUAUACUUAGGGAGCUUUAGUCUGUGUAUCAUAGAUAGAUGAAUGUUUUGUUUUUUAAUCCAUGAUCUACAUAUAUAUAUAUCUAUA